GUUCAUCGUGGCUAGUCUUGCGAGAUAGUCUACUGAUGUCUGCGCUUUCCCAUGAUUACUGAUCGCGUCCAUGCGCGUACCAGACUACCCAACAAACUACUAACAUACUAAACAUUGGGGAAAUUCGAAAUACAUAAGCCUCACCUUUUCCGCACAUGAAAGGCAACCAGUUCUCUAAAUCUUCCUGAAAGCAAUCCUGCAAUCGGAGACUUCUCACACCUCACACCUCACACAACCCACCAUGCCAGCAAACUACUCCCUUCACGCAAUCCCUAUAUACUGGGUCAUAGCCCUCUACCCACACGCAUACUCUCAAGGCCUCUUCAAAGCCGCCACAAACGGUCAGCGCAACAACACCAACCCACGCGGCACCUCCACACUAGAACACUACCGAAAAUGCACCCCAGAAGCCAUCUACGCCGAAGCCGAACGCGCAGAAGCUUGUCAUCAGAAUAGCAUGGAAAACGCGCCAUUUUUCAUCGGUGCGGUGUUAGCGGGGAAUGCGGUGGGAUUGGAUGUUGCGACGAUGAACACGAUGGUGGCAUCUUAUAUUGGUCUACGCCUCGUGUACAGUAUCUUGUAUGUGAAGAUUAAGACGAACAAGACGAGUUAUUUGAGGAGUGGUACUUGGGGUGCCGGUGUGGCGGUGUUGAUGACGAUGUUUGUUAAGGCGGGGAACAAGAUGAAUAGGAGUUUUGGACUGUGAGAUGGGUGAUAGUCUUCAUGCAUGACAUACGAAAGACGGAGGUUCGAUUGGGGAGUGUUUUCGUGAUCAGCUGGCGUAGAAGUCUAGAGAGAUCAAACGAUUGCAAUUUUGGUAAAGG